GUCCAGAGGCGCGCGUGGUAGGCCAGUCCACCAAUGGGAAGCGGGCGAAGGGGCGUGGCCGGGAGAUUUGAACUGGCGAGUCGAAGGAGGCAGAACUGCGUGCAGGAUCUCGGUAAGGGGACAUAGAAAGAAUGUGUUUAGGGGUGCUUGAUUUUUAUUGCCGUGGGGGGGGGGGCGAGAAAAAUAUACUGUAUAUAAUAUAGGAUUCUGUCUGGUGACCACACGGUACGAGGAUUAUCUUGCAUCGUCGACUGAACAGCCUUUCCUGCUUUUAGUGCCUUCGGCGGCUGCAAUGCGCAGAAAACAGAUCGGGAAGUUUUAUACAGCGUGGAGAUCUAUCAAUGUCUGAGGAUCAUCCUGCCCUUGAUGGAUCUCCAUGUUGCGAAGAAAGAAAGAAAACUCCCCGACAGGCUCUUGGUAUUCAAGCUGCCGUUUAAAGGCAUAGGAGCAGGGGCUGGUUAAAACGUUGGCAACUAAUGGGAGGCACUGGGGUAGGUUUUGCAUGAAGACCUCACCAAGGGGCGAGGGAUCCAACAGACCGUCUUUCACAACCGCAAAACAAUAUUAUAAAACAGGUUCUCAAGCUCCCUGAGCCUGAGACCACUUGAACAUUGCCAGGAAUGUCAGUGGAUCGUGUAAUAAUCUUUUUUUUGGGGGGUAGGGGGUUGUUCUAUGCUGAACAAGCACUCAUUUUUGCUCCUGGGUUAUAUGAAUUUAAAAAUGAGUAUUCCCCCGACCCCUCUUGCAUGGGGAUUGUUGUAAAAAGUAGUGACAUAUGAAAAAGAAAAUCGUGCCCUAAGGCCAAGCUGCUGCUUACCCCCCCCCCCUCGGGGGAAAUUAGCCUUGUUAGCCUGUUUGAUCUGACCAUCCUCAAAAUAGCCUCAUGUUUCUUCAGAAGAAACAAAUCCAGUAUAGGGCCAAGAAUAUAUAUUUUGUGGCUAUUCUGCAACAUCUCCUUGGCUUUUCUGAACAGAGCACCACAGACCACAGUCUGCGUUUAGAAUGUUCACCACACAUCAAAUAUAAUAUACAUUUCAAGCCAAACUGUCGUGGGAGAACUGUGAACAGGAUCUCCUGGGGCUUUUUGGUUUGUCUGUUUUUAUAAAUGUUAUUAGCUGCCCUGAGAUAGGGGGUUCAGAUGAGGACCCAGGUUCAGCGAGUGAGAGGGUUAACUUUCCCCUCUUACGCUGUUUUCCCAGUCCACAUAAUUCUCCACACUCAAGCUGCUGUUUGUCCCUUAGUGUAAAACACAAUAUCUGUAUGUUUUUGCUUCCCUUCCAUUUGCGAACAUAUGAAAAUAUCCUGAUACCAGCUUAUUAAUUUUAGAGAAUGAAGGACUGAACUAAUCUAUAUUGACUUGACCAACGGUGCUAAGCCACUUGGUGAUACAGGAUCAUUCCAGAUAUUCCCAGUCCCCUGGUAUUUUUAAAUGCAGGGGCAAAUGUAUUUUAUCCAAUGAUAGCUUUACUCUAGCAGAUACUUGAUUUUUGCUAAUCCUGUUGCAGUCCUCUGCACCACUGCUAAAAACAUGACUGCCAUACAAAAACUGCUUUUUAUUUAUUUACUUACUGACAUUGCAACCCUAAGAAUAUCUUAUCAGAAGUAAACCCUAUUGAAUUAAAUGGGGCUUACUCCCAGUAAGUGGAUUUAGGAUUGCAGCCUUGUCUAUUCGGCCCCCAUCACACAGUGAUGUUGGCUCAGGCCACAACAGCUUAAAAUAUAAAUAAUAAGAACAAGAAUCAAAUGCAGUUUAAGAUGUGGAUAGUUCAGUUGGUUAAAGUGUGGUGCUGAUAAUGCCAUGGUUGGAGGUUCAAUCCUCGGAAUGGACAGCUGCAUAUUCCUGCCUUGCAGGGGGUUGGACUAGAUGUCCCUUAGGGUCCCUUCAAACUUCUGUGAUUCCAAAAACGUGCUGCUCAUAUUCCCUCUGUUAAAUAUGAUAGGCCAUGCCAAAAUAUAACAACAGAUAGUGGUAGAAAACCAGGAUAUAUAUAGGUAACGGUAAAGGUGACCCCUGACCAUUAGGUCCAGUCGUGACCAACUCUGGGGUUGCGGCACUCAUCUCGCUUUAUUGGCCGAGGGAGCCGGCGUACAGCUUCCGGGUCAUGUGGCCAGCAUGACUAAGCCGCUUCUGGCGAACCAGAGCAGCGUACGGAAACACCAUUUACCUUCCUGCUGGAGCGGUACCUAUUUAUCUACUUGCACUUUGCCGUGCUUUUGAACUGCUAGGUUGGCAGGAGCAAGGACCGAGCAACGGGAGCUCACCCCGUCGCGGGGAUUUGAACUGCCAACCUGAUCGGCAAGUCCUAGGCUCUGUGGUUUAACCCACAGCACUACCCGCGUCCCUUUAGAAUAUAUAUAUAUAACAGAUUUGAUGAAUAGAUUUUGAAAGCAAUGAUUCAAAGUAUUAAUCCAUUAGACUUCAGUUUUUGUUUUCGGCUUUCCCCUUGAAAGGAAUUCCAAAAUGUUGGAUUUGCAGUUCUCAGAAUUGCUAAAUGGUGACUUUGCACAGCACCUCCUUUCAACCACACGUGGCCCCCGCUAGACAUUUCCCAUUUUCCUCAGUUUCAGGAUGUUUCUGAUCUGCUCCGAUCUGUCCCUUAAGACAUAAAUUGAGCCCUUUGGAAACGAUUUUGUGAACAUGGCCUGAAUCCCGAAGUAGAAGUGAAGGCACUGCCUUACUACAAAGCCGUCAGAAGUGAUUGCUCUUUUCAGAGAGGACAGCUGUUAUUAAAACCCACAUUUAUAAUCUUGCAACAAAUGAAUGCAUUGAUUAGCCGGUACAAUCAAUCAAUGAGUGCCUUUGGCCGUUAAUCCCUUGUGGCUGAACAGGGCUGUAAAUUUGUUGCCUUAGUAGCAUUAAAGCAAGACAAAUUUAUCAUCCUGUUUUCAGUUGCUGGGCUCUGAACUUCAGGAAGGUUGUUGAGACAUUGUGAAGGACUCCGAGGAGAGUUAGGUGGUUAGCUGGCAUGUGGCUGGUUAUUUGCUACUUCCCUGUUUACUGGAGCAGAAUGGUUUUUCUCUGUGAAUGAAUAGAUGACAUACGAAAUUGCAAUUUGUUUAUCUCACCAUCAUCUCCUUAUGCAAACUUAUGUUGACUCGUGCAUGCAAGUCCCCAGGGUUCCCAACUGCACUAUACAUUUACAGAAGUAUCAUACCACUAUAAGCAAUCAUGGCUUUCCCCUUUGUUAGGUGACUCCUCCUUCUUCUUUGGCGAUCACUCAUAGCCGAGUAAGAUUGUCUUCCAUAAACACGAUUUUAACAAUGAGUCCGUAAGUGACUGUGGAGGCCAAUUCUGGAUCCACAUGUCCUUCCACAGUGGGGACAUAGGUUUCCAGGCAGGAAUUGACCAUGGUGUGGAUUUGCCAAGUGUGCCUUCCUCUUAGCACGUUUCUCCCUUGCAUCCUGAGUUUGAGUGUCUUCAAAGCCCAUGAAACCUUUGGCUGUUCUCCAAUUGGAGCUCUCGCAGGCCCGUGUUUCCCAAUUGUUGGUGUUUAUACUACAUUUUUAAAAAUUUGCCUUGAGACAGUCUUUAAACCUCUUUUGUUGACCACCAGCAUUGUUCCUCUCCCAGAGCUAUAAUUCCCAUAGUUCCCUGGGAAGAAGGAUGGAUUGUUAAACUAACUGGGGCAGAGAUUUUCUACCUUUUUGAGUCCACAGCUCCCUUGACCAACCACGUUCUUUCUGCGGCACCCCUGUGGGGCUCAGGAGCCCAGUUAUGUCACCCUUUGCCUACAGAGAUGGGAGCCUCUCACCCUUUUUUUUGAACACCCUCCCUUGUGGAGUGUUCCCUCAGCCUCCUUCCCUCUCCUUGGGAGUCCUCUGAGCAGCCGCUCCCUGGUCUCUGAGCUGCCACCUUCUCCAAAGAGAGGCCGCCUCACACUGCCCACAGGGACCUGGGAAAAGGAUGCCCAUGACCCUAGUGGCCCAAUGGAGACUGGUCAAAGGUGAGGCCAGCACCUUACUUUGGGUGGCAGCAGCAGGCGCUGUCAGGCCUGCAUGGCGGAAAGGCUCUCCUUCAGCACCGGGCACUCUGCUCCUAAGCAGGCCUUGCACACAGCAAGCAGAAGAAAGGCCAGCGCAGUACCUGCCUGCCUGCCCGGCCUCCCACUUGUCUGUCCAUUCCCAACAGCAAGGGCUGGCAAACUGGCUGGCUGGACUUCCUCGCCCACUUGCCUGCUUGCUCCGAGGCCGUCUCAGCUCCUGGCAUCAGCACCACCUGGCCAGCCCCAGAGGCAUCAUUUGCCUGGGGAGCUUGUAGACAGGGCUGCUGCAGCAAACAGCUGGACAAGCCUUUGGGAGGCAAAGAUGCGAGAGGGCAUCAGAGGAGGGAGGGAAGGAAAGAGGGAUAGAGGCCAGCGUUGCCCAUGGCACCCCUGACCACCAUUCAAGGCUCCAGCGGGAAGCUAAACAGCGUUUCCGUGUGCUGCUCUGGAUCACCAGAAGCAGCUUGGUCGUGGUGGCCACAUGACCCGGAAGCUGUCUGUGGACCAACGCUGGCUCCCUCGGCCUAUAGAGCGAGAUGAGCACGCAACACCAGAGUCGUCCGCGACUGGACCUAAUGGUCAGGGGUACCUUUACCUUUAAUAACACUCAACACCCUACAGUUCCCAGGAUUCUUGGGGGAAGCCCUAUCUUUUUAAAGUGCUACGAUACUGUUUUAAACGUGGAAUGUGGAUGUGGCCCAGUUUACAGAGCUUCUUCAAGAGCUAUCCAGCAUCUACUCGGAAUCAACAGGGAUGUGAAGACUCUGGCGCUGCACAUGUUGACAUGCUCCUGUCCUCUCUCUUUAAAAUAUUUUUAUUAGGAAUUUCAACACAACAAAUUAUCAAACCAUAUAAUAGCGUACAUUAUUUUCCCCCCCUUCCCCCUCCCUUUCAUCCGUCCCUCUCCUCCCCCACCAAAGACUUCCCUCAGCUCCUCUCUCUGAUUUCUCAGCACAUGUUAUUCUCUGCAUGUUAUAAAAUUUUACAUAUCCUUAUAUUAUCUAUCUAACAUGUUAUCAACCAGUAAAUUUAUGUAUGUUUAUUCAAAACCUGCCAAGGAGUCCAGUUCUUUUUGUUGUCUUUUUAGAUAUUUUUUUAAAAGCUCCCAUUGUUCCUUGAAGCCACAGUUCUCCGUGUCCCGCAAUUUAUAUGUCAAUUUAGCCAACUCUGCGUAACUUGUCAGUUUUUCUUGCCACUGUACUUUCGUUGGGAUUUCCUCAUUCUUCCAUCCUUGUGCUAUCGAGACUCUUGUAGCAUACGUAAAUAAAUUCUUUGUUUUUCUUGGCAGGUCUUGUCCUACAAUUCCUAACAAAAAUGCUUCUGUUUUUUUUUUUAACAAAUGUCCUCUCUUUGACACAGAGCCCUGAAGCCAUGGCGCACGUCUCGCCCGCCGGAGAGGGCAGCGUGGCGGUAGUUGUGCGGGUGCGGCCGCAGACCCCCCGCGAGCGGGAGGGGAACCGCCAAAGCGUGGUGCGGGUAGUCGGAGACUGUAUGUUGGUGUUUGAUCCCGAGGAAGCCAGCCCGCCGGGGGUCUUCGCCCAAGCUCAGGACCCUCCGUCGAAAAGGAAAGGCAAGAACCUGACGUUCGCUUUUGACCGGGUGUUCGGCGAGAGCGCUACCCAAGCAGAGGUGUUUGAGAAUACGACCAAAGAGAUCCUGGACGGUGUUCUGAAUGGCUACAACUGUUCAGGUAAGGAGGCUGGAGUGGUGGGGCUUCACUUGGCUCUGCCAUCGAGACAGGCAGUCUUCAAGCUCCAGCGUGCGCAGUGGCUAGAGCAGCAGUCCCAUCAGAUGUCGAGAACGGGGUACACAACUCCGCUCACAUCCAGAUGACAGCUGCUAAGGCAGACCUUGGUCCAGGCACAGUUCUUAAUGUGUGACAUCUCAGUGCUACUUUCGUCUCUACAGAGUGUUUGCUGCAGGGGAGGAAGGAAAGGAGAAUGUUAGCCAGCUUGGAGACUCCUAAAUAGGAGUGAAAGUGGGAUAUCAAUCAUAAUUAUUCUUCUUCUUCAAGGCCGUGCCGUGGCCUGACACCAUAGAUAAAGGCUAGAGCCGUGGUUCCCAAUGUGGGGCACACGCCCCACAGGGAGGCAAUUUGAUUUUUAAGGGAGGCAGUUCGAGAAUGAGUUAUUAACCGCGAAUUUUUUGCAUUUCUUAUGGUUCUAGGGACCUCACAUACAGUAUAUAAAUACCGUACUUUUCCAUGUACAGUGGUAUCUUUGGAUGCGAACGGGAUCUGUUCCGGAGCCCUGUUCGCAUCCAGAAGCGAACGCAACGUGCCCGGGUUGCGAUUCAGCGCUUCCGCACAUGCGCAUGACGUCAUUUUGACCGUCUGCGCAUGCGCGAGCGGCGAAACCCGGAAGUAACGCGCUCCAUUACUUCCGGGUCACUGCAGUGCCAUCCCGAAAAUACUUAUCCCGAAGCUCUUUCAACCCGAGGUAUGACUGUAUAAGACUAGGUUUCUUUCUUUAAAAAUUAUGCUAAAAAGUUGGGGGCGUCCUAUACAUGGAUAGUGCAUAGGGUGGACGUUUGAUUGGUUGCUGCCGCGGCUGUCAGCGGCUAUUGGGCGUGUUAUUGGUUGCUGCGUCAGUGGCUGGUGUUGAUUGGCUGUUGCUGCGGUAACUGGGCGGGUGAUGGGCAGCUUCUGCCGGCGAGGGACAGACGAGAGGCGGAUUUUGCGGCGCGUGCAGGUGAGCAAUUUUUGGCAAUCCCCCCAAAGGACGCUCAACAACCCUGGGUAAACCCCCCAAGAAAAGCACAACAACUCUGUGCCAUCUCCUCAUAUUUUCUUAAAUUUGAGUCUUAUACAUGGGGGCGUGUUAAACACAGAAAAGUAAGGUCUAUAUUGUGACACACAUUUUUAAAAUUAAAAUCGGAAUGUACACAGCGGUCAGCUGGUGAUAAUGGAGAGGUUAUCUAAACAGAAAAUACACUGAGCGCAUUCAGGGGGAGUAGCGCUCCGAGAGCUCUCAGUCAACAGUUUUGGAAUUUCCCCCUGAAUGCAACCGCUCCAAAGCUGUUCAUUUGGAGCAGUUGCCAUUUUUCAGUGCAGUCUUUUGGGCCGCUACCUGCUUUGAGCACUGGUGAUCGGUGGGUAUCUACCUUGGGAAAUUCGCAAUUUAUCAGCGAGGGAAUGUAUGACGCUUUCUCGUGGGUCCCGUGCUUUAUAAGCAAGGCAAAUAUAAUAAUUACUGCUAUAGAACUCUAAAUACAAAUGGUAAGUGUAUCUAAAGUAUUAAACUUCGAUCACAAUUCUUUGGAAGCUUGUUUAGACCAAGUUAAUAGCCUUUUAGGCUUUCUCCACGUGAAUAGGAGUUCACCUUUUGAAUAAUCAGAAUUACCGUAUUUUUUGCUCUAUAAGACUCACUUUUUCCCUCCUAAAAAGUAAGUGGGAAAGUGUGUGCAUCGUAUGGAGCGAAUGCAGGCUGCGCAGCUAUCCCAGAAGCCAGAACAGCAAGAGGGAUUGCUGCUUUCACUGCGCAGCGAUCCCUCUUGCUGUUCUGGCUUCUGAGAUUCAGAACAUUUUUUUUCUUGUUUUCCUCCUCCAAAAACUAGGUGCGUCUUGUGGUCUGGUGCGUCUUAUACCGCGAAAAAUAUGGUAUAUGUCCGGGGGGUGGGGCAUCAGGAUUUUAGAGAUGCUUAGGUGGAGCAUUGCCAAAAAAAGUUGGGAACCACUAGACUAGAAAGAGACGCCAUUUGGGACUUAUGGGACGGAACUGGAAGCCACCCUUGGCCAGUGUUAGAAACUCAGAUAUAUAAGCUAGACUGCAAAUGGCUCCUUAAACCAGCGGUGCAGUCAGCGAAAUGGAAUACCUAGUUGCCAUUUCUGGGCUAGACGGCUCAAAAGUUGUAUAUUUCAAUAUGACUUUUUGCUUCCGAUUGUGCAGAUAUAACGGGUAGAAUUCUACGGGAUGUAUUGUUAUAGUGUGUGAAAACAGUAGAGACCCAAGAAUUCCCAGGCAGGCACCUCCAGAUGCCUGGAGGCGGCUGGCAGACAUCUUAGCGCCUGGGCAUCUUCACUUGGUUGCAAGGGGCUGAUAGCCAGGUGCAAAAUGUACCUGGCAAAUUUUGAAUGUUGGCCAUGACUCUCAGUGAACCAGAUGGCAGGGGCAUUGCCCGGUCCAGACAAGACUGGAGUCUAGCAUGGAAACUGAUUUUUAUUUACUGGAAAUACUAACCUGGACUGUGUGACCCUCAAAGAUGACUGGAGCAGCAGAGAUCCUCCUUCAGGUACAGUGGUACCUUGGUUCUCAAACGCCUUGGUACUCAAAACAACUUGGAACCCAAACACUGCAAACCUGGAAGUAAGUGUUCUGGUUUGUGACCUUUUUUUCAGAAGCUGAACAUGCUCCAUUUUGAGUGUUACGCCUCCGAUUUGAGUGUUACGCUGAGGUCUGUCUGUUUUUGCUAUUUGUUUUGCGUUUUUGUGGCUCUUUUUUGUUUUGUUUUUGUGACUGUGUGGUGUUGGAAUGAAUUCACGACAGACGAGUGGCAGGUGUCAUAUGAGGCGUCUGCCGGGGCAAGCCCCGGGAACUCUCUUUUAUUGAAUAUUACAAACAUUGCCACAGGUGUGCUUGUGGCUGAUUGGUUGAUACAAACACAAAGCAACUUGUUGCUGAUUGGUUAACAUAAGUACAAGGCGGGAAUUACAUAUAACAUUAAUCACCGAUAGAUUAAAGGCUGAGAAACGGAGCUGGAACUAGACAGGCAUGAAGCCUCCUAAUUAAAUUAUAACUAAAGAUUGAUAGUGAAAGAACAUAACAUGAAAGAAUACAACAAUCACGUUCCGUAGAUAUGGUCAGCAAUGCAUUAAGAACAGGUCAGGGUACACUGUUUCAUGAACUCAAUGGGAACUAUUCAGAACAUUCUCAGACUCAUGUGCAGAGGCAAAAACUUCCCAGCAGUGUGGAACCCAGUUAAGCUACUGAUUGAUUGUGUGAAUGCAGUACAUUGUUCAUUGCUUUUCUUUUAUGGCUCAAUGGUCUCGUUAGAUAGUAAAAUUCAUGUUAAAUUGCUGUUUUAGGGGUUGUUUUUUAAAGUCUGGCACGGAUUAAUCUGUUUUGCAUUACUUUCUACGGGAAAGCGCGCCUUGGUUUUGGAAUGCUUUGGUUUUGGAACGGACUUCCAGAACGGAUUAAGCUUGAGAACCAAGGUACCACUGUACGUUGGCCCCAGGAUUUGAACAGCCUUCCGGCAUCUGUUAGUGAUCCAGGUGGUUCAAUGCACAUCCCUGACACUUAGGGGCUGACUCAGUGGCUGUGGCCUCCUUCUCUUCCAGUGUUUGCCUACGGUGCGACGGGUGCAGGGAAGACCCACACCAUGCUGGGAUCGGAGAAGGAACCGGGCAUCAUGUACUUCACCAUGGAAGAGCUAUACAAGCAAAUAGAGGCCAGGAGGGAGGAUAAGCACUGCGAGGUCCUCGUCUCCUACCAGGAGGUAUCGCCCUCUCCCAUUUCUUACAGCUUCUUUCUACCUUAGGCUGCAGAGAGAUGCAGUGUUCAUAGCAGAGGUCAGACCACCCCUAGCAGGAACCCAGUUUUGCAGUUUGACCUCCACGCAUACAGAUAGGCAAGUGGAAAUUCUGGGUUUGCCUUUGAUCUUGUUCUCUUCAGAAGGGCUGCCUGAAGUAGCAUAUAUGUGAGAACAGGGCCGUUUCUGUGGUGGCUCCCCAUCUGUGGAACGCUUUCCCCAGAGAGGCUCUCCUGGUGGCGUCAUUACGUGCCUUUAAGCGCCAGGCAAAAACAUUCCUCUUUAACCACGCCUUUGGCCAUUAAAUAAUCUUAUAGCCUGUUAAAAGUGUUGGGUUUAUUUUAUUUUUGUUUAUUUAUUAGAAGAGCAAUUGAUUGUUAAACCAGUCCAGGAAUUGUAGCUCUGGGAGGGGAAUAGGGGUCUUCUAAAAACUCUCAGCACCGUCAACAAACUCCAGUUCCCAGGAUUCUUAGUGGGGGGAGGAAGUGACUUUUUAAAGUGGCAUGAUGCUCAUUUAAAUGUAUAGUUCAGAUGGGGUCCAACGCAGGAAAAUGUCCGUUGCAGGGGGUUGGACUAGAUGACCCACGGGGUCCCUUCCAUUCUUCCAGUUCUAUGAUUCUAUGUGUUAUCAAGGCACUGAAGGCAAGUUUCAUACCAGCUUAGCUACAAUCAAAAAUGUCUUGUGCGUGUUUUCUCUCCUGGGGCUGCAACCUGAUUAAAGGCAUUUUAAAUGAUGAAUAAUCGAUUAAUCUAUUGAUAAAUUUUGCAUAUGGGUAAGACGCUACAUCUCUGACACGAGAGGGACACCUUUUGGGGGCUGUGACAAAUAACCAUGUGCCAGUAAAACAGCACUUUCCAUUUGCAGAAGGCAAGACUUCUGAUUUAGAGGAAUCUCUGGAACAAUAUGGAAUGCAGCAGGGACUCUGUGGCCCUCCAGAUGUUAUUGGACUCCAACUCCCAUCAGCCUUUGCCAGCAUGGCUGAUGGUGAAGGAUUCUGGGAGGUGGAGUCCAGCAACAUCUGGAAGGCCACAGGUUCCCCACCAUCCCAGAUGUGGCACAGAAGGAAAGCACAGAGACACCGUCAAAGAAAGCUCUUUGAUAUUGGAUCAUGCACACAUGUUGCAGGAGACAUCAUCUCAGAAGAGGAAAAAGGCCAUUGGAAGAGGGUGCUUGCCACCUACAGUUUCCAUAAGUGAAUUGUGUUUAAAAAUUACAUUUUUUAAAAAACCAACCAGCUGCCUGAUUAAUUGGAGGCACCUUUUUAGUUGAUUAAAAGCUUCGAAGCAAUUGAUCUAACUAAUUAAUCAAUUAAUCACUGCGGCCCAGCUUGUUGCAGUCCUUGGGCUCCUGCCCGUGGCAUACGAAGUGCAGCUCAGACCUGUAAUAUCUAGUUGGUUGGCAGAACUUCCAUCUAGUGCGUUCCCCGGUUCAAAGGGAGCCCCGUUUUUUACAGGGUAGCGUGCCAUGCCUGUAACGGUGAGAGAUACGCCCACCGUUAGCUGCUGUGAUUUUGGCAAGGCCGUUCCACGGACGGGUGCUCUUGUUUGCUUGCGAUCUGCUUUGGCUUUCCUCCCUCAAAAAAAUAAUAAUUAAAAAAUCUGGAAAACUUUCCAGUUGAUGGUUUGUUUCCCCAUACGUGUUGCCUUGUUUCUACAAAGUAUUUGGGGUAACCUACCCAAACUAGAGGCACAGAUGAAACUACCAUUAAAACAGCCAGAUACAUUAAAAAUCAAAAAUAUAUUUUGCUAACAGGGUUGGUACACUUGUGGGCAAAAUUGUGGAAACCUUUUGGGGAAAGUGUAUUUCUGAGGUUUGGUGGCUCAUAACACCUGAUUGGCUCUCUAAACUCUCAUGCCCAUUGGCUAUGUUCAAAUGAAGGAAAGUUCCUCCAUAUCAGCGUAAGCAAGUUGGGCUUCCUUUUUCUGGUUCUUUGGCUAUAACUUUUGAUAGAAUACAGGUGAUUGAACAAACUUUGUUGCAUUACACUCUUCAUUAAAAUAUCUCUCCAUUGAUAUAUAAUUUUAUGGUAUCACACCAAAAAUAGGUGGUCUUAUGAGCCAUCAAACCUCAGAAAUACACUUUUUCCAAAAGGUUUCCACAAUUUUGGCCACUCAUUUUUGGCCACGAUGCCGGCACCAGGGCUGGGGAGGCCCUGCCCUGGUUUUGCACGUCAGGCUUCAUCAGAAUUGGAUGAAGCUACUUUUUAAUCGGCAGAGAAUGAAUGAACUUUUUAGUUCCCUCCCUGCCCACAUCAGAUCACUAGAUGCCCCCGAAAACUGAUUGACUGGUUUAUCUGAAUUUAAGAAACAUGAGCAGUUGCCUGCAGCCUGAAACAGCAAGUGGUGACUCUCUUGCUGCUUAGAUCAGGAGGGAGUUGUGCUCUUAGCUACAGCUUCAAGCUGAUUUUUCAGGCAUGAUAGGGGUUGGAGCAAACACCCCAGCAGGAACACCAGAUUGGCUCUGCUAAGGUAUUUGCACCUCGCCAACUUCAUCUCCCAGUGAGCGACAGCGACACACCUGCUGGAAAACUAGCUGCUCUGCCCCAGCCAGAAAGCUACUUCUGAAGUGCUGACUCCCAGGAGACAGUAUUGAAGCCCGAUUCUUUCUUCCAGGUGUACAACGAGCAGAUCCACGACCUGUUGGAACCGAAGGGCCCGCUGGCCAUUCAGGAGGACCCAGAGAAAGGGGUUGUGGUACAAGGGCUGUCUUAUCACCAGGUGGGUACGAUGAUUGCCUUGCAGGGAGGACAAUAUGGGGGUAUAUAUGCACAGUGGGUGGCGCUGUGGUCUAAACCACAGAGCCUAGGGCUUGCCGAUCGGAAGGUCGGCGGUUCGAAUCCCCGUGACAGGGUGAGCUCCCAUUGCUCCGUCCCUGCUCCUGCCAUCCUAGCAGUUCGAAAGCACAUCAAAGUGCAAGUAGAUAAAUAGGUACCACUCCGGCAGGAAGGUAAACGGUGUUUCCGUGCGCUGCUCUGGUUUCGCCAGAAGCGUCUUAGUCAUGCUGGCCACAUGACCCGGAAGAACUGUCUGCGGACUAAGGUCGGCUCCCUCGGCCAGUAAAGCGAGAUGAGCGCUGCAACCCCAGAGUCAUUUGCGACUGGACUUAACUGUCAGGGGUCCUUUACCUUUACCUUUUUAUAUAUUUAUAUAUAUGUAAUUAAAGAGCCCAGCACUUGCUUAAGGGAUUUCUCCAGUUGUGGUGGGAACAUGAAGGGGAAGUUACUAUUUGUGGCCGCUGCACGUGCUUUUCUCAACAGUCUCUCUCUCUACUGGCCUGUGACUUUUUUAUUUGUUUUAAUCCUUUAUUGAAAUUAAUAGAUAUCAUACAGUAUCUUAAACCCACACAUACAAAGAAAAAAAUAACGUUACAUAAAUUUACAGUUAAAUAUUAAAUUAAAUUUCCACAUAUUUUCUAACUAAACAGUCUCUCUUUCUCUCUGCUGGCCUGUGACUUUUAGCCAAAAUCGGCAGGCCAACUCCUGGAGAUGCUGAGGCGAGGAAAUCUGAACCGUACACAGCACCCCACAGACAUUAAUGCCACCUCUUCACGCUCCCAUGCAGUCUUCCAGGUAAGUGUGGCAGAGAUUGUUAGGGACCAUACGCAACUGUUAGGUACCGCUCCAGCGGGAAGGUAAAUGGCGUUUCCGUGCGCUGCUCUGGUUCGCCAGAAGUGGCUUAGUCAUGCUGGUGACAUGACCCGGAAGCUGUAUGCUGGCUUCCUCGGCCAAUAAAGCGAGAUGAGCGCCGCAACCCCAGAGUCGUCCACGUCUGGACCUAAUGGUCAGGGGUCCCUUUACCUUUACCUUUAAAACGGGCAAUACAGAUAUAUCAGCAGUUAAAAAUAUAUAAGUUAAAUCUUAAUCUCUAAAACAUAACCUAAAAUUGUCAUUUAAGGCCUUAGUCAUUAUGGUAGCACAGAUUGUUCCCUAUGUUUUAUGGCAGUCACACAGAGUUUGGCCAUCCUUAGUGUGAUCUCUAGAUUGAAGUUCGGACCCAUUUGGAGAUUUUUGUAUAGCAGGGAUGAUAAAUACUGAACGUAUAUCCCUGCAGAAACGACAGAGUAACAAGACAUGAGAGACAGUUUCUACCUCCAUCAGGCCGCAGCGGUAGACUUGUUCCGCAUAUGAUUUACCCUCGAAUCUGCCCUGCAAUAAGGCAGAUGGCAGCACGUUGAAUCUAGCAAGGGUAAACGACCAUCUGUAUUUCGUUAUCGUAGAUUCCGGCGUAUUAGGCGACAGGGCGUAUUAGACGACCCCCCAAAUUGGCAGCUGCAAUUUGGGGGUUCGUCUUAUAAGCCCAGUGGCCCAAUACGCUGGGCAGCAACAGGGGGUGGGCUCCGCGCCAGGCGGCUUUCUCCUGGCGCGGAGCUGAGCCCGCCAGCCGCAGCAGCAGGGAGGGGGCUCUCGGUGUAUAAGGCGGCCCCCGACUUUGGAGAAGAUUUUCUGGGGUUCAAAAGUCGCCUUAUACGCCGGAAUCUAUGGUAUUUGUAAUUUUGACAGAUACGGUAUAUUGCUGAGGUAAACCCUCUUGAAGCCUUUAAUCAUGAGGUCUGUUGCCCUAUGUGUGGCUUCCUGGAGAUAUUUUGUCUUGCCGCUGUGGAAAAUGGAGGUUAGACCAGAUGGAUCCUUGAUCCGAUCUGUAUUCUUGUAGGGUAGGUAAAAAGGUAAAGGACCCCUAGACGGUUAAGUCCAGUCAAAGGCGACUCUGGGGUUGCAGCACUCAUCUCGCUUUCAGGCGAAGAGAGCCAGCGUUUGUCCGCAGACAGCUUUGCAGGUCAUGUGGCCAGCAUGACUAAAACGCUUCUGGUGCAACGGGACACCGUGACAGAAACAAGAGUGCAUGGAAACACCAUUUACCGUCCCGCCACAGCGGUAUCUAUUAAUCUACUUGCACUGGCUUUCAAACUGUAUUAAAAACUUCCCGAUAACUUCCUGACUGCCUUCAGGUGUUGUGUAAUUCUCCAUCUCCUUGACAUCUGAUAGGAAUGUUAGAAUUCCUGAUCCAUGAUUGCAGUCAUGGGGUUUUUUGCCUUUCACAUGAUGUUAUAUGUUUUGUCUCCACAAAGUGGGAAGUGAUAGAAACAGGAUGUUUGUGUUACUGUGUUCCGUGAAGUGGGACUAUUGUCCUUUGUUCUUUUUCUCUUUGCUGUCUGAUGCUAGAGAGAGAGGGAGCCAUGUUGUAGUGCUCCGUAUGUGUUUAUAUGUAAAUAAAGUAGAUUAGCCAAAAUGCUGAGUUCUGUCACGCGUGAUGCGCAAACUCUGCGGAUCCCUAAGUGUGCCAGUGUCGGCUGGCAUCGGUCGCUGUGAUGUUCAGCCUGAAGAAAGCUUUUGAAGCUCCCGCACGAAAGACCAGGAGGGAGAGAACAUGCCAGUCGGGCAUGUUUCUCUGCCAGGGUCCUACUCGAGUGUAGGCUGAACUCCUGACAAGGAGGGCGUUCCACUACCUAGAAGGCCCUCUGCCUGGUUCCCUGUAGCCUCACUUCUCAAUGUCCAGGCCAAACAAUGGAGGUGGAGAUGCUCCUUCAGGUAUACAGGGCCGAGGCUGUUUAGGGCUUUAAAGGUCAGCACCAACGCAGAUUCAACUGGCUGUCUCCAGUGCUGCUUUUCAGGAAGUUCAGUGCGCUACCACCCACCCACACCAAGGGAUGCAGCACUUUUUAACUUUUUCAGAUCCAUGUGAAGCAACGGGAUCGCGUUGUGGGCAUCACCCGGGACCUUCGGGUGGCCAAGAUGAGUCUGAUCGACUUGGCGGGCUCAGAGCGGGCCUCUGCCACCAAGGGCAAAGGGGAGCGCCGCCGCGAGGGGGCCAACAUCAACCGCUCCUUGCUGGCUCUCAUCAACGUCAUUAACAGCCUGGCGGAUGCCAAGGUAACGCCUUUGCUACUUCUUCCUGCCCCUGGGUUUAGAUUUCUGUGGUCUGCCCCUGGGUUUACUGUUCAGGGACAUCCUCGGCCAUUGUUAAAGGGCCUCUGAGUUCACUCAGUGACAGUCGUUCCCACGUACAUAUUUUUAUAUAAUAAAGUGUGUGUGCAAAAAUGCUUUGAAGGCUUUCAACAUAAUAAAUCUGAUCGCGUUAUCCAGACUGGUAGAGGCUUGAAAAUGUGCAGCAUGAUUCGGGGCGGGUGAAGAGUGUAUAUUGUCUGUUUUUAUAAAGAAAUAAUGCCGUGCUGUAACAUCCCCUCUAAUUCUUCCAUCCUGCACACAGACGUUUUGUAGAAACCAUGGAAAAUUCGGCUGCUGAAAAUGAAGUCCUUUUCACCCCCUAUUAUAUUUCAGCUUCACCACAAGGGGGUGAAGUUGUAAGGCUAACAGCACAAUAUAUUCUGCAUAGAAUUGUAGAGUUGGAAGGGACCCUGUAGAUCAUCUAGUCCAACCCCCUGCAAUGCAGGAAUAUGAGACCUUCAGGUAUAAGGCAGGAUAUGAAUUUUAAUAAAUAAUAAUAAUGCAGCUGUCCCUUAUGGGGAUUGAACCUGCAACCUGGGCAUUAUCAGCACCAGGUAUGUUUACUUGGACAUAAGACCCACUGUGGGACUUACCUCCAGGUAGGCGUGCACUUGGGACUGUAGCCGCAGUCGCCACAGAAGAAUUAAAGGGGGAUUGUGGGCAUUUUCCUGUGGGAACGUGAUUUUUAUAAACCCAAUUUUCGUCUCUGCUUCCCUUUUGGCCCACAGGGCAAAAAGCCUCACAUUCCAUACCGGGACAGCAAGCUUACCCGCCUCCUAAAGGAUUCUAUCGGUGGGAACUGCCGGACCAUAAUGAUAGCCGCCGUUAGCCCCUCUGCGCUUUCCUACGAAGACACCUACAACACCCUAAAGUAUGCCAACCGAGCUAAAGAGAUCAAACUCCUAGUAGGUAUCAGAGAAAGCCGACCUCUUAAAUCAGGCCGGAAUUGCAACUUGUGCAAAAAUGCAACGGCCUACCUCUGUUCCCCAUCUCAAAAUUACCUGCUUUCUGUGCUUUGUCCUGGCCUGCAGAUGAAAAGCAACGUGGUCAGUGUGGAUUGCCAUAUCAGCCAAUACGCAGCAGUUUGUGAGCAGCUGAAAGCAGAGGUAAGCAGACCCUGUUUCCUUUGGGUGGGAACCUGAGGAAGGGCGGGGGGUCAUCGUAUAAUAAUAUAAUCCCCUUCACAGGGGAUAUGGUAGUCCAUAGCUACUAGUCAUGUUGACUUACCGUAUUUUACGUUCUAUAGGACGCACUUUUCCCCCUCCAAAAAUUAAGGGGAAAUGUGUGUGCGUCCUAUGUAGCGAAUGCAGGCUCCUUGGCUUCAGUGAUAGCAACGCGAAGCCUCCGAAGCGCAGAGGGAGCGCUCUGGAGGCUUCACGUUGCUUUCGCUGAAGCCUGGAGAGCGAGAGGGGUCGGUGCGCUCCGAAGGCUUCAGGCAGCUAUCCUGCGCGAGUUCCCGUUGCGCUCAGGAGGCUUCGGCUUCCUUUUGCUGAAGCCGAGAGAGCAAGACUCUCCUGGCUUCAGCAGAGAGGGAGAGCUGCGCAGUGCCCCUUCAGCGAAGCAUGAGGAGAAAUGGAAGGGGCUCCGUUUCUCCUGCCACUUCGCUGAAGGGGCGCUGAGCAGAGAGGGGAAGAAUUUUAUUUUCUUGUUCUCCCCCUCUAAAACAAGGUGUGCCCUAUGGUCGGGUGCGUCCUAUAGAGCGAAAAAUACGGUGCGUAACCUCCAGAAUUAGCCAACAGCCCUGGCCAGUGGGGCAUUUUUGAAUUGCUAGACAAGGUAUGCAAUCCCUCUGUCUGGUUAAAAGUUUCACCACAGUGCCAAGGAGCUCAAAACUAUGCUGUGUGGCACUCCAGCUGUCGAUUCUUGCUGUCUACCUGCAAACCGAUGCUUUGCAUUUGCUUUCUCUCUCCCACUCCCUGUUAGCAUUGCCAUAGACCAAGCUUUUUGGGGACCCAGCGGCCUGUGCCGGAUUACCAGAUUGGCAGAGCAGGUCCCUCAUGCCUUUUAGGGGUCCUGCAACAAUGGAUCAAAAUUAAUAUUGAUUUGAUCUUGAAAGAAAAUGGCAAUCAAGCUUUCUUAGUUCAGUGUUUUCCCCUAGAGUAUUCACACGGGGGUGGGCAAGAGAGGUUUCGACUGCCGUGGGGCCUUUGCACGGUUUAAUCCGGCGCUGCCAGAGGCCUAGUUAGAAAUCUAGAAAACUGGUGUGGCCACCCGAAAAUACACCCUUUACAGAAGAAAAAAGUGGUGAGUCUCAGUAAGCAACAGGAAAAACACCUGAGCGCAGCCCCAAACAAGUGAAAGACAGGCAAAAAACACCCACUCAAAAGCCGUAAAACUUUAUUUAUUCUUUUGAGGAAGAGCAGGUGUCAGGAGGGUUGUCUGAGGGUGCCCACGGGUGCCGUGUUGAAGACCACAGAUACAAAUGUUCCCUUCAGGCCAAGUUCCACUCGUGAAGGUCCUUAGAACUAGUCCUCCGUAGAAAGUCAUUCAGGACAACACUGUAAAAAAUUAAAAACAUUGGCAGGAUUUUUAAAAAAACCACUUGCAAUGUGACAGGAACUAUGGUGAUAACCGAUUUUUAAAGAAAAUAUGGAGAACAAUAUAUGAUGCAGCUGGAAAAGAGUAACUAUGGAACCCAUGGAGGGGUGAAGGGAAGUCUAGGGAUUCAGAGAAUCCUAUUUGUAUAGGAUUAUGAUUUACAUGUGAAUGCAAAUGUUAAAUGGAAAAUCGAAACCAUGGUUGGUUUUUGAUACAGGCAGUAAACUGCAAUCUUGGGAACUUUGCCCUGUGUGUGAAAGAAAUAAUUCUUUUUUACGACUUUCAGGUGGCCGAAUUAAGAGGGCGGCUCCAAGCUUAUGAGGAAAAUGUCCCAGAAGUUAGACCCCACCUUGUACCGGCUGUUUUGACUCCUUCCAGACCUGGCCAGGAUGAGCUUCUCAGGUAGGUCUGCUGUGUCUUACUACACAGGAAGCAUUGGAGUCGAUACCUUUUGAUGCAGACAGGACUGCAAGAAGCCUGUGCAAAGUGAGGCAUUUAAAGCCGAAAUCUAGCCAGUCAUGGACCCCAGGAUUUGAAGGAUCUGUUUCAGUCCGAAGUCCUCCUCCCAGCCUCUUCUUUUCCUUCCCUAAAAACCUAGGCUCCUAUUUUUUCUAAGAUAUUCAGAGACAUGCAGUGCUUAAAUUUUCCUUUUUCUUUUUUUUUUACCACAGCAACCAUGAGAAAUUUGCCUCUAUUUAGAAAAUAGAUUCUCAAGUGUUGUGGGAUCCACUGUCAGAGGGCUUUGUCCACAAUAAUAAUUUAUAAAAAAAUUAUAUCCUGCCCAUCUGGCUGGGUUUCCCCAGCCACCCUGGGCGGCUUACAACAUAUAUAAAAACGCAACAAAACAUUAAACAUUUAAAGAAAACAAAAUAUCCUAUACAAGCAGCAAACAGACCGAUAAAUCAAUAGAAACCAACAAUAACAAUAAUAACGCAAUAAUAAACAGUUUAUAGCCAUGCUGAAAUUAAAAUAAAAUGCCCGCAUCCACACCAUGCUGAGAGCUAUAGUUUGUUUAGGGUGCUGAGAGUUGUUAGAAGACACACACACACACCCCGCUCCCCUCACGGAACUACAAUUCCCAGAUUUCCCUAGGAAGUGGAGUUGAUUGUUAAACCGCUCUGAGAGGGAAGGGAGGGUCUCCGAACAACUCUUUCUUCACCCUUAACAAACUACAGUUCCCAGAAUUCUUUGAGGGAAGCCGCAGGUGUUUAAAGUGGCGUAACAGGGCUUUCAAUGCACGCUGUGUGAACGUCUAGUGUUAGCUUACUUGUAUCGCUGGGGCAGGGCCGGAUUUAGGUUUGAUGAGGCCCUAAAUUACUGAAGGUAAUGGGGCCCUUUAUAUGUCUAGCUGUGGUUUGUCAACAACAAAUUGUCACAGUUCUUUUGUGUUGAAUAUAUGCUAUAUGGUAAUUUAUGGACCUAAUAGGUAUCUAAAGCCAUUUGCCCAUAACAAAAUAUGUAUUUUAUCAAAGUAAUUGUUGAACUGAAAUACAAUUAAAAAGAAGUGUAUUAAUAGUGAAAUACAAUUAUGCUGAAGUAUAAAGGUAAAGGUACCCCUGCCCGUAUGGGCCAGUCUUGACAGACUCUAGGGUUGUGCGCUCAUCUCACUCUAGAGGCCGGGAGCCAGCGCUGUCCGCAGACACUUCCGGGUCACGUGGCCAGCGUGACGAAGCUGCUGUAGCGAACCGCCAGCAGAGCAGCACACGGAAACGCCGUUUACCUUCCCGCUAUAAAGCGGUACUUAUUUAUCUACUUGCACUUAAGGGUGCUUUCGAACUGCUAGGUGGGCAGGCGCUGGGACCGAAUGACGGGAGCUCACCCUGCCGCGGGGAUUCGAACUGCCGACCAUGUGAUCGGCAAGUCCUAGGCGCUGAGGUUUUACCCACAGCGCCACCCGCGUCCCUAUGAAGUAUAUUAAUAGUGAAAUAAUUAUUAAGCCCUAACUUAAAAUGAUUUUUUAUUCGUAACAAACUUAAUAAUGCAGACACAUUGGCAUUUGGCAAUAACAAAAGUUCCUUUAGAAACACAAUUUACAAAGACUCAUAGUCUAGUCUCUAGAAACUUGCUAUAAAAUGAAAUAGUAAUAGCAAACCAGUGGUAUUUUAGGGAGCAGGCUAGCAGGCGGGGCCUGCUACUUACAUUAUAGGAGCCGGCACGACACAAAGCACUGUUGCUGUAUGUAGGUUUUAUUUUAUUUGUUUUUUAUCUUAUAUUUUGGAAAAUGUACAUCCAGGUUUUUUUCCCCCUUUAAAUUUUUUGGGAGCCCUCAAGUGAGUGGGGCCCUAAGCUGUAGCUUCCUUAGCUUAUAUGUAAAUCUGGCACUGCACUGGGGUAAGGAGAGAGGUACAGAUUGUUUAAUUGCCUACCCAGGGCAGGAGUGGGCCAUGGAUGAGAAUAAAACCGGCUGAGAGCUGGCGUCAUGUCUAGGAGCCCAAGCUAUGAAACAGGACGUCCUUGGUUUGAAUUUCACCUCCACUGCAGACUUUCUCAAACAGAGCAAGGCUGUGCCCCCAGAAGCAGGGCACGGGAAGGUUAGACCAGAUGUCCUUUGGGUUUCGUACCAGCGCUUGGUAGAGAAUGGUUGGUGACACCCCACUCUUGCACUUGGUACAGGUCAAAGGAGGCUUCUUCCGACUGCGAAGCCCCGGAUAAGGGCGAUGGCGAGGCAGAGCUGUUGAAACCGAAUGAUGGCGCCCCUUCUUCAGGAAAAAGCAGCACAGCAGAGCAGGUAAGGGCCAGGAAGUUUGUGGGAUGGGCAUCGAGGUCAGGAGAUCUCAGCAUGUGGAUCCUUUUUCCUGAGGCUUUUCCACCCAGAGAUCCGCUCAGUAUCUGCAGUGCCUCUCUUAAAAGAUUCACACGUGGUUGUUUUUAUAACUGACUGCUGAGACCGUUUCUCGGCUAAUCCCGGAGCACCCCACAGGGAUUGCCCCACGGGGCAGCAAGUGGAUUUGUGGGUGCUUUGAUCAGCACCCUGAGGGUGUUCUUUUAUCAUCCGCACCCAGAGGAAUUGGGAGCGUUGCAUGACAUCGCAGCAGCUCGUCCAAUUCUGUGUUGUUUUUUAAGAAUAAAUAAAUUUAUUUAUUUGCUUUUUCAGAUUAAACUUUUACAAUCACAUAUCCAACAUACAACCUAAAAGCCAAGAUUCCAAAGAAUCUCCUGGAAUUCCCUCCUCCCCUUUGUGGGCCCUAUUGCUAAUCAUUUCCUCCCGCAUCUUUUAUGAUAAUCCAAAUCUUUUACAUCUCCAUUAUGUCCAAAAUUCACCUUUAAACUACAAGCGGUUAUUCAGAUCGUCCAUUUGUCAGUUGGGCAUGUUGCACACGAUGGGUAGAAUUUAGCAUCCAGUAUAUAUUAUACUGGGACGCGGGUGGCACUGUGGGUUACGGCACAGAGCCUAGGACUUGCCGAUCAGAAGGUUUGGCUGUUCGAAUCCCCGCGACGGGGUGAGCUCCCAUUGCUCGGUCCCUUCUCCUGCCAACCUAGCAGUUCGAAAGCACAUCAAAGUGCAAGUAGAUAAAUAGGUACCACUCCGGCGGGAAGGUAAAUGGCGUUUCUGUGAGCUGCUCUGGUUCGCCAGAAGCGGCUUAGUCAUGCUGGCCACAUGACCUGGAAGCUGUACGCCGGCUCCCUCAGCCAAUAAAGCGAGAUGAGCACCGCAACCCCAGAGUCGGCCACGACUGGACCUAAUGGUCAGGGGUCCCUUUACCUUUACCUAUAUAUUAUACAAAUUUUACACCAGCAUAACCACCCCCCCGACACACACCUUUUUGCUGUGUUUGAUAGAUUCAAGAACUGGGGGGGAACCCCAGCUGCUGUGGCACAGAGUCCUCAGAUCUAGCUGAGAAACAGGAGAAGCUGAAUGCUCGGUUGCAAGGAAUGGAUAAAAAGCAGCUGAUGAGGUGAGUCGACGUCUUUCCACCCGAUACAAGGAGAGCGAGGUCCUCUUAUCCUGCCAUCUCAUGCAGGUUUAAGCACAUAUCAGGUUGGCAGUCAAAUUGAUGUCACAGACAUUUCAUUCUUUCCAAAAUACAGUGGUACCUCGGGUUACAAACACUUCGGGUUACAGACUCCGCUAACCCAGAAGUAGUAUCUCGGGUUAAGAAAUUUACCUCAGGAUGAGAACAGAAAUCGCGCGCCGGCAGCAGUGGGAGGCCCCAUUAGCUAAAGUGGUACCUCAGGUUAAGAACGGUUUCAGGUUUCAGGUUCUCCAGAACAAAUUAAGUUUGUAACCAGAGGUACCACUGUACAGUGGUACCUCAGGUUACAUACGCUUCAGGUUACAGACACUUCAGGUUACAGACUCCGCUAACCCAGAAAUAGUACUUCAGGUUAAGAACUUUGCUUCAGGAUGAGAACAGAAAUUGUGCUCCGGUGGCACGGCGGCAGCGGGAGGCCCUAUUAGCUAAAGUGGUGCUUCAGGUUAAGAACGGACCUCCAGAACGAAGUAAGUUCUUAACCCGAGGUACCACUGUACUGCUUAUCUGCAGGAUGGGGAAGGAGCCAUGCCGAUUCCUUUCUGCUCUUUUGCAGUGUACACAACAUACAUUCAAAGUACGCGACUUCCCCCACUUGAGUCCUGGGACCUGGAGCUUUUCACUCUGUGAAAGGCAAAGUACGGUUCCCCAGGAUUCUUUGGGAAAAACCAUGUGCUUUAAUAAUAUGUUGCACACACAGCCUUUGCUCCCGUCUCUCCCAUUGUGAUCACAUGGUGAUUUUCGAUCUUCCUUACUGUCUCAGGCUGGUAACGUCAAUCUUGCACGUGGCACAAAGGCAGUAUGCCCUUCUGAAAGCUGCCAACCUCCUCACCCCGGAUACGAGGGUCGACUUUGAAAGCCUGGGCAGCUUGGUGUCGGGAGAGGCCUGUGAGGCCCCAGACGUUUCCGCUGUAAAGGAGCAAGUUGGGGAACUGGAUGCGACUACUCGAGGCAGCCUGGAGCCAGAAGUGCAGCAGCUCGUGGAUAAUGGUGAUUCUUAGGGGGGGACGGGGACGACAGCGUUGAAAUUUAUUUUAAUUUUAUUUAUUUGUUGGAUUCAUAUACAGUGGUGCCUCGCAAGACGAAAUUAAUCCGUUCCGCGAGUCUCUUCGUCUUGCGGUUUUUUCGUCUUGCGAAGCACGGCUAUUAACGGCUUAGUGGCUAUUAAUGGCUUAGCGGCUUUAAGAAAAAGGAAACAAACUCGCAAGAACUCGCAAGACGUUUCGUCUUGUGAAGCAAGCCCAUAGGGAAAUUCGUCUUGCGAAGCGACUCAAAAAACGGAAAACCCUUUCGUCUAGCGAGUUUUUCGUCUUGCGAGGCAUUCGUCUUGCGGGGCACCACUGUACAGCCCUAUACCCGAAGGUCUCAGGGUGGUUCGCAGAACAAAAUCAGAAUAUAAACCCACAAAAUAUAUCAUCAGAAUAAAAACAACAACCCAAUAACCCCCACAACCACAUUUUAGGAUCAAAUAGGAUCAAAUCAACCAAAGACUUGGUUAAAAGGGAAUGUAUUUGCCUGGCGCCUAAAGGUGUAUAAUGAAGGCACCAGGCGAACUUCCCUGGGGAGAGCAUUCCACACAUGGGGAGCCACUGCAGAGAAGGCCCCGUUCUCGUGUUGCCACCCUCCGAACCUCUUGAGGAGGCCCGCAAAGAAGGGCCUCAGAAGGUGAUCUCAGGGUCCAGGCGGGUUCAUAUGGAAAGAGUCAGUCCUUGAGGUAUCAUGGUCCUGAACCAUUUUAAGGUUUUAUGGGUCAAAACCAGCACUUUCAAUUGGACCCAGAAACUAAUUGGUAGCCAGUGCAGUCAGAUCAGAAAUAGCAGUGAAUGGGAUUGGCUGAGUGCAGAGUUCCCCCAUUGGCUGACUGGGGGGUUGGCUGAGUGAAGGGUUCCCCCAUUGGCUGACUGGGGGGUUGGCUGAGUGAAGGGUUCCCCCAUUGGCUGACUGGGGGGUUGGCUGACUGAGGGGUUCCCCCAUUGGCUGACUGAGGGGUUAGCUGAGUGAAGGGUUCUCCCAUUAGCUGACUGGGGGGUUGGCUGAGUGAAGAGUUCUCCCAUUGGCUGAGUGCAGGGUUCCCCCAUUGGCUGACUGGGGGGUUGGCUGAGUGAAGGGUUCCCCCAUUGGCUGAUUUGUCCACUCUCUCGGGUCCAUGCCCUUGGGUGUUCGUCUCUCUUAGGCUGCCAGUUUUCAUUGCUCUCUCCCUCUGUGUCGCAGCUGCCCUCCCACCUUCCCUUCAUGCAGCCGAGCGUGUCGAUCCAACGGGCGGUCCUGGGGUCUUGCCCGCUUCACCAGAGAGGGGCCCAAUGCCAGGCGCAACUUUCAAGACCCCCCACCUCCCAACAAAGAAGCGAAGGAAGUCGGCAGAGAGCCCACCGCUGUCCGAAAGGAGCUCCCCUUCCACCCCCAAGGGGCGGGCCAAACGUCGGCGGAAGAAUCCCCUCUCCCCACAGCAAGUGGGCUCCCUGAAGGAAUGGGCUGCUUUCCCCCAGGCUGACUGCACCAGCACUCCUCUCGUGGAUAAAGCCAGGUCUUCUAGUCCGUACAGUCUCCGCCCGCUGCCGUGCUGCCCUUUGACAGUUACGAAGACCCGUAGGCCUCUGGGCACCUCAGCCGCCCAGAAUUGCUCCACACCAGCUCCGCCGAGGGGCCUGAACACCACCUUCGACCUCCGCGAGGUUCCCUGCCCUCUGGACGUGAAACCCAGCGCUCCUGAAUGCCCUGCCUGGGAGAGCGUCCAGCACCUCUCUAACCACCAGGGGGCACCUUUCAUACCCAGGUGGGUGCCUCUGAGCUGCAAGGCCCUCUGGCAUUUCCUUCCCUUUGCAAGAGGUUUGGCCCAGGGAGCCUCAGACACAAACUAUGCCAAUACUUGCGGUUCCCAGUUGAAAGCGUAGGGGGCAAUCUCUGCCAAGCAGCAGGGAAGAAUCCCACGAAACACAGUUCUUGCCUCCACUCUUACAAGUCAAAAAGCCGUGGCACGAAAGGAAAAAGCAAUGGGGAGGGUGGAGGAAAAGGAUUACACUCAGACAACAAAUUCCUGAUGUUACCAGGCUCUUCUAAUGACCAGGUUGGGUGGAAAUGGGCUGCUUGUAGUUCAGAAAGGAAAAAAACAGGCCUGCGUGGCCUUUUGAUAACCCAAACGUCCUGGAAGUGGCUUUUAUACAGCCAAAAGUUGCUGUCCUUGCAGAGCGGGGCCUCCUGGGCCCUAGCAGGAAUCUACUUGUCACCCUUGCUGUGGCGGUUAAGGCUCUCCAUGGCCUAAUUGGUACCAUCACCUCCAGAGGAGAUGGUCCUGCUACUCUUCCUCACAGAGAGUUGCUUCUACAAUCAUUUUAAAUUGGGAUUGGGGAGGAAGGCAUGAGCCCAGCUAUUACAAACAGCACAGGAUGUUUCCUAUUUCCCAAAAAGUUAAAACAGUUGAGACCUGUCUGCAUUGCCUGAAAGUUCCUGGCCUUUAAGACAGCCUUGCAAAUAGUUACUAGCCUGCAAGCAUUUUUGCUAGCCGGUUGGGUUUGUACAUUAGGUGCAAAUGAGGGCCAGAGCGCUCCCCUCCCCUGUUCCUCUGCCAGUCUGCUCAGUCGCCUCCAUUCAGUUCUUUGUCGCCUGCGGCCACCAGGCAAAUAUUUAAGUGCACUUUAAGAGGCGUGGACCUUUUUUUUGGCAGCCAAUCCCUGCCUUUGUCCCGUAUCUCUUGGCGAAUUACAGGUGACCAGUUUCCUUGGGGUGAGGAGGGGGGUGGGCAGCCAAACCAUCCUGGAGGAUGUGCUUCUUGCAUUUAACUCCUGCAAUCCUUUCAGUUCCAGGGCGUCCAUGCCAGUGUUCACCAUGAAGGGCUCCUCCAUUCCUCGAUCGUCCUCCUUGGCCUCCAAAGCCUCAACGCAAAAGAGGAGGCACACCACAAAGUAAGCUCACUCUCCUCUUCAAUAGGCUUGUCCUGGGAACAAACCUAUGUCCUCCUGGCCCCAAUUGAGAUCAUCAAAACAAUAUUGAUUUCCUCAUGGUGGUGCCAGGUUAGGGAUCCCUACCUUCAAGGCUGCCAAACCUACUUACAUAUAUCGGUGAGAAGAUGAUCCCUUCCCUCAGGCUCCCAUCCAAAGAGGCACGAUACAAAAGGAAAGGGUGCUGGAAGGGAGGAGGAAAAAGCUCAGACACUAAUUCUAAGCAAUUGGUCCCUUACUUUUCUCGCCCUGAUCUGGCCACAGUGAUCCAUGCGACAGUCACCUCCAGGCUUGAAUAUUGUAACUCACUCUAUGUGGGGCUGCCCUUAAAGCUGAUCCAGAAACUCCAGCAGGUGCAGAAUGCCGUGGCGAGGCUCCUUACGGGGUCCUUGCCGCGGGAUCACAUUCACCCAGUGCUUUACUAGCUGCACUGGCUCCCGGUGGAGUACAGGGUCAGGUUUAAGGUGCUAGUUUUGACCUUUAAAGCCCUAUGCAGCCUAGGACCCUCGUACCUACGGGACAGCCUCUCCUGGUAUGCCCCGCGGAGGACCUUAAGGUCCACAAAUUACAACAUUUUGGAAAUCCCAAGUCACAAGGUGGUUAAAUUGGUCUCAACUAGGGCCAGGGUCUUUUCAGUACUGGCCCCGACUUGGUGGAACGCUCUGUCUCAAGAGACUAGGGCCCUGUGGGACUUGACAUCUUUCCGCAGGGCCAGCAAGACAGAGCUGUUCCGCCUGGCCUUUGGUUUGGACUCAGUCUGAUCCUUAUGUUUUCCCUCCCCUUAUGGUUUUGAUCCAUGGGCUACUUUUAAAAUGAGGCUGCAUUUUAAAUUGCAUUUUAACCUGUAUUUUAAAUCCCGCCCCCAUUAUGUUUUUAUUGUAAUUUUACUGGUGUUAGCUGCCCUGAGCCCAGCUCUGGCCAGGGAGGGCGGGGUAUAAAUAAAAUUUAUUAUUAUUUAUUAUUAUUAGAGGGCUUUUAAUGAGGAGCAGGAACGGUGGGGGGGAAUUGGAGAGGAGCUGAAUGUUGCUGGCCUUUCUGCAGGGCUGCUGGAGAAGCCUUGCAACCCAAUCUCUCUCCCUCUUUUUAGCCCUGCCUCCUACUCGCUGGGUGCGCCACGCAGCCGCAUUGCCAGGCUCCAGGGCACGUCACUCAAGUCUUCGCGGGUCACGAGCGCGCCAGGUAAACUGGGUCCGGCUAACAGUAGUGCAAGAUCUCUGGUGUCUCUGCCCAUAUUCUCCCAAACAGUUAAGCCCACAGAGCUCUGAUUGUGAAGAGAACAAGGCUGGGGAAUGCUUGAGGGGAAGAGCAGGCAGGAGAAGAUUGGGAGGUGGGGAGAUGCUGGAAGCUGAAGAGGUAAGAGGGUUUAGUGAGCAGGAGGAGUCUGGCAGAGAGCAGUCCAGAAACAGAGGCAGAAGCAGAGGCUGGAAAGGAAGAGGGCCAAGAAACAGAGAUGAGGUAGGCUGCUGAAGAGUCGCAGGUGUCUCCCCCUCCUGCUGUGACAAGCUUCCAUCUCCCUUUGUCUCCCAGAACCAGAAGAGGCAUGAAGAGAGCGGAGGGAAAGUUAGCUCCAUUCAGGCACAGUCUCCAAUUGCUUAGGGAAAAACCCUGGAGAGAAGGGGACUUAGGCAGCUGUAGAGAGGUGCUUCAUGGGGGCAAGACCUGCCAAAAAUGAGCUGCUGGGCUGAUUAGGCCUGAAACGCCUGUGCAGGUCUAUUUUUGCUAACGAAGAGUUACCUCCAACUCGCUCGGGGUUGGUUCCUGCUAGCUCACUACUGUUAGUCUAAUAGGGCGAAUGAGGCCCUGCCCACCUUAGUUAGCUCCUACCUGCCUGCCUUCUUAUUUACUUACAACCAGUCAAGGGGUGGCUCUGACUGUCAUUGGCUGUGGCUCCAACUAUGGUUGGUCUCCCUGCCUUCCGCCUCCCAGUCCCAUUGGGCACCAGUCGCUUGUAGAUUUACCCGCCAACUCCCUUUCUAAUCUGGGCUCUCCCUACAGGACAACCCUCUGGCAAUCCUGCAUGGAAAUGGCGCUAGGAAGAUUCCAUCGCUUCUGAAGGAUUGUACCCCAUCUUCAGUUGUGUCAUAUUCUAUGAAGAUGCCUUCCUGAAAAUCCUCAUUGCCCACUCUUUGGUCCCUCAGCAUCUGCUGAUGGUAUAUUAUCCUGUAUAUUUAACAAUAUAUAUAUUAAAAACAAAAACAGGAAAAGAUAGAUAUAUAGAUAUUCCUGCUUUUGUUUUUUUUAAUAGAUUAGGGUUUUUUUAAAAAAAAAACUUACCAUAAAAAGCUUUAAUAAAAUAUAUGAUAUAUAUAUAGAGAGAGAGAGAGAGAUGUAGAACAAUGAAAUAUAAAUUUAUUUUUUAACAUCAUAUCAAAUAUUACUUAUGUCCUAUUCUGGUUCGUCAGUUCUCACUUGUUUGCAAUUCCUUAAAUUCACAAAAUUCUGAAUGAAUGAAUUAUACAUUUGCUCAUUACCCUACACUUUAUUCUUCCAAAACAUCAUAAAGUUUGGUCAAUGAAAUGUUUGUUUUCCUGUUCCCCCACGCACUAGCAAUAUUUGUAAAUUUUAAAGCACAAACCGCAUCCCAUACCCUCCUCAUCCAAUCCCUCAAGGAAGGGGAUUCUUCCGCCCCCCUUUUUCUUUUGUGACUUAUUAUCAUCUCUGUAUCGACAUAGAAAACCCAAGAUUCUGCAUUACCAAAUAAAAUAACUACCAAGUCAAAUGGUAAUUUCUCCUCAUCACAUGGACUUUCUUUUGAAUAGCAGGUGAUUUUUUUAUUGUGCUUUCUGACCCUGUCUCCUAUAUAAAGAUGCCUUGUCACAAGGGCAAACAAAGUUAACCUCAACAAAUAUAGUAACACGGAAGUGGACAUUUCUCACUGGCUGCUCCAGUGUUGGAGAGCAUUCUCCUUGCUGAAAUAAGAAUAGGCCCCAUCAGUAUUGGCAUGCCGCCGGCUUGUAAAGACGCUCCUGUUAAGACAAUCCUUUCCCUGACUUGAAGCUCCUGCUCUAAUUACUUGUAAUUGCCGUUUUUACCCUUUUAUUUGUUGUGCUGUUUUUAUGGGCUCCUUUUAUUGUUGCAUUUCAGUUGUGGGUAAAAUAAACACAUUAACU